GUAAAAUUAUACUGCGUGUCCACGGGUGUCAGUGACCACGAGGAUCGAAUCAUGAUACCCCAAGUCAAGUGUGAAAUCUUCCGCGAAGUUGAUAAAAUUGUCAGCCUCUUAUUCCCAUGCUGAGAUCAGAAGGAUGUCACUGGGACCAAGCUGAGCCGACUUUGACGGUUUGACCGACUUUCGACUCCAUCUAUCAUGGCACCUUCCAAUAUUAAUGGCACCAACACAGCUAGCUUCCCAGUUGCAUCUACAUCCAGUCCUUCCCGCCCGGCCCAGGUCAAUCAAGGCUCAUUUCCUGUCGCAAACAUCGUCAUUCUCGCAAUCUGUAUGAUUGGCAUGAGUGCCCUUGUAAUCUGCGUAUUUCUUCGGCACCGCUCAUCAACCAGGAUCAAGCAAAGCUCGUCGAAUGCCAAUAAAGACGAUCCAAGGCCGUUCAACAGACUGUGGUCUCGUGCACUCUCGUUGUUCUCAAAGUUGCAUGAUCUUUGGCGUUCGAAAACCAAGUCAGCCACCAAGUACAAGCAGAGCGAGAUCAGCGCGUUGCAUGCGACAUGCACCUUCGUCGCUGCUGCACCAUCAAAAGUUCUGGCCCCUCCUGUCGUAAUGCAGUUCAGAGACACAGAGAAGUUUGUUGUGCUAUGUUCGGUCUGCUGCCCCUUGUCGGUGCACCAUGCAUGUGGCGAUCCGAAGUCGUGGGUGAGUGCGGUCGAUUCUUACAACACAACCACAACUCACACGACUCAGGUGCAGAGUCCUUUCAGCGACAUUCCACAUCUAGUCCAAGAGCAGCUUCCCGUGAAUAAUCAAGCAUCAAGUAUUCCCGAGUGUCAGCCGUAUGGCGUCGAUAUCCCGCCUUCCGAUCAGGAUCACUCACCUACCAUCGAGCUACCCAACCUUUCUGUUGAAGACCAGCCCCGAUCACCUUUUGCUCCACCAGGAGGGCCAAAGAGGACGCUUGCUCGAGAAGAUCUGCCAGUUUUAUUUGUAAAGACACCCCCAAGAUAACAUGUUAGUAAUAGCAAGCAGUUGUACGAGCCUUGCGAUUUCAUUCCUUCGCACAUAUAUUAUCAAAGAAUUAUGAGAGCUAUCGGCCCCAACGUCGUAAACUGUCGGCAAGCUUACACCUUAGGACAUUUUCUACCGUGAGUAACAAUCAGAUGUCUGUACACUACGUGUGUUGUCGUCUUUUCCUCUUCUCUUGGAAAUGGAAAUAGCGUUCGAAUGCCUCGACGACAUCGUACGAAGGUCUAGCACGACUUUCUCCAGCGUGAGCCCUUGACAUCCGUUGAAUGUCGUUGCAUAAGUAGGUCGCAGGAGAAACUGUUUUGGGUCCAGCUUCGCACUGAUCUGAUUGAAAGAGAAGGUAGUGGGUAAUGGAUUUCUUUGGUAUGAGAUGCUGAACUUCCACGAAUCUACGAUGAAGACGGACACGUGUAUGCUGAAUGUGAUGGUAUAGUUAGGAGA